GGCUGGGCCCUUCCCCAUCAAUCACUAAGUAAGAAAAUGCCUCCCAGGCUUGCGUACAGCCUGAUCUAGUGGAGGCUUUUUUUCUCAAUUGAGGUUCCCUCAGAUGACUUUAUUUUGUGUCAAGUUGACAUCAAACUGUCCAGCACUCUCUAUGUCAAGAACAACCACAUAGAAAAGACUUGCAGUAGCUCGUAGGUAGAUGAAAUAAUCUCUAAAUUAGUAGCAAAAAUGUGCUCUAUUCACUGUCCCAACAGUGUUCAGUUGAUAAUCCCAGACAUGGAAACAGUUUUGAACCUCUUUUUCUUUUCCAUGGAGGGCUAUGCGCCCUUGUAUACAUGCUCUUUGGCUGAUUAAAGAGGCUAUGCACUGUUAUUACCACUCAUUUACCGACCUGUUAUUCAAAGUCUAGACUCCAGAGCCUCAAGAUUCUACUUAAUUAUUUUUAAUUGUUCUGGUUUGUUUUGGUUGAGGAAGCCAGGAUAAUAAGGAAAGGAUUCAGAACCUAAGGACAGUGAUUUUUGUUGUUGUUGUUUAAAGAUGUUCAUGAAACAUUUUAUAGUAUCUUUCUGUCAGCAUCAUUAAGUUUGUAUUUCUUGGCACAAACCCUCUCCUCCAGCAUACAAAAUGAGGAACCUCUAAGCACAGGGGAAUUUCAUGGAACUAUUGAAUGUAACUCCACACACUUCAGAGCUGAAAUGUUCUUGCUUGGUAAAUAUUUGACAUCCUAAAUAAAAUCGUCCCCGACGUCAUCAUGAGCAAUCUAUAUCUGAAAACAGAGUCCUGCCUCUGUGUAGGAGACGGAUUGCUCCUGAACCUAACUAACAACAUGUACUGUGAGUACGGACAGUACUCCUGGGAUGGCAGUGCAAAGUUGUUAUGCUAUUGUUAUUGAACAACCAUUAUUAAGUCAGACACAUUUCUUUAAAUUACAUUUCUGGGAACAAGGGGCUGUGGAAUAUCAUUAGUUUGCUAGGUAAUAUGCUGACAUGCAUGAUGAAUUAGACUGUGAACGAAGGGCCUGUUCCUGGUGUUAGACAUGCCCAUCCAUGUAGAGCUUUUUUGAAGAAAGCCUAGAGAGGAGAAGCUUACAUAGGAUUCAUGCUUCCCCAUGUAGUUUGUAGGGGGCUUCUGCCCUUUGGCCUCAAGUAUUUUUGAAAGAGGUUUUGUUUUUUUGUUGUUGCUUUUAAGUUGCUUGUGAUUUCUUUUAAAGAUAAGCAUAAACAAGGCAAGGACACAUUUAAAAAACCACUUCCCCCUUUAAGAAUUCAGUUUCACCUGCCCUUUAACUAGGCUUGUUUUACUGUUAGCAGCAGCGUGACAGUUCAGCCUGAGUCACACUUGAGUUCCAUGCACUCCAAGUUACAUGAUUUGUGUUUCCCUUCUCUGAAAACCAUGCAGCUUCCUUUAUUUGCUGAUUGUGGGGCGCUGUUCCUAAGCCUGGGAGAAGCUUCUCUGAGAAGCGCAUUUUAAUAUGGAGAUCAAACAGCGAUUGGAAUACAUUAAUGCCCAGUGGGGUAAACGUGUCCUUUGAAAGCAGCUGCUGAUCCUUCUCCCUGCUGCUCCAAUUAACACAUACAGCACACUCAGCCAGCAAGAGGGCUGUGCAUAUGGAUGAAACCACUUUGCAGAUCACUGAGGCGCCUUGCCAAGAGCCCAAAGAGUUAACCAGCCUUCUCUUUUCCCAAACUGUAGCUUUCUAGGAAGUUUUUCACGUGCCCCGCUGUGCUUUGAGCAAAGGAAUGCUGAUAGGUGUAGGUAGGUUUGGCUGGUGGGGAAAGCCAGGUCGUCCCUAGCUUUGGUUCAGUCCAGUGACUAGCACACUUCCCCACCACCCUGGUGAUGGAGGUGUUGGGUAGUGACAUUUCAGUGCUGGGACGCCCCUUGCUUCAGCCGAACAGCUUGAACUUUGGUUUGGUUUGGAAACAAGUUGAAGCCCACAAGCUUCGCUGUUUGCUUUCUCUUGGAUAUCUUACUUUUAUUUACCGUCUUACUUUCUUCCUCUGCCCCACCCAUCCUUAAAAAAACAAAACAAAACCAGCAAAUCUGACAGUUUCUGGGGCUAAAUGAGAAGUCUCAUCAAGGUACCCCCAUAUUGCUGUUAUGUUUUCUCCUGCUGCGGCUGAACUCUCGGCCAUGAUGGGCACAGGGAGAAAGGCUGGAGGCUAACGUGUCCCGGUCCCUGGGCUUCCUGAGGGUCAUUCAUGCUCCACCGACUUGCAGAGCAGCUGGGCUGUGCGCUCUGCUGCUGCUGGCUGCGCGGCGCAGCCCCGGGAGUCAGUCAUGGACCGCUUCCUGGGAUUCGUCAAGCAGAUUCGGAGAUCUAGGAGAAGAAAGGGGAAAAAGUACCGUCCGGAAGAGGAUUACCAAGAGGGCUAUGAGGAUGUCUAUUACUACGCUUCUGAGCAUUUUCGAAAUGAGAGUCCCUACACUAAAUCUGCCAGCCAGACAAAGCCGCCUGACGGAGCAUUGGCUGUGAGGAGACAGAGCAUCCCAGAAGAGUUCAAGGGCUCCACCGUGGUGGAGCUGAUGAAGAAGGAGGGCACCACGCUCGGGUUGACGGUAUCAGGAGGAAUCGACAAGGAUGGCAGGCCAAGAGUGUCCAACCUGCGGCAGGGAGGAAUUGCUGCCAGAAGUGACCAGCUGGAUGUGGGCGACUACAUCAAAGCCGUGAACGGAAUCAACCUGGCCAAAUUCCGCCACGACGAGAUCAUCAGCUUGCUGAAAAAUGUCGGGGAAAGAGUGGUCCUGGAGGUGGAGUAUGAGCUCCCACCAGUCUCUGUACAAGGGCCGAGUGUUAUGUUCCGAACAGUGGAGGUCACUUUGCACAAGGAAGGCAACACCUUCGGUUUUGUCAUACGAGGGGGAGCACACGAUGACAGAAAUAAGUCUCGUCCGGUUGUGAUAACCUGUGUCCGUCCCGGAGGGCCUGCUGACAGAGAGGGCACCAUUAAACCUGGAGACAGGUUGCUCAGUGUGGACGGGAUUCGGCUUCUUGGAACCACCCAUGCUGAGGCCAUGAGCAUUCUUAAGCAGUGUGGACAAGAGGCGACGCUCCUGAUAGAAUACGAUGUCUCCGUGAUGGAUUCUGUGGCAACAGCAUCCGGGCCACUACUAGUUGAAGUUGCCAAAACUCCUGGCGCCAGCCUUGGGGUUGCCCUAACUACCUCAGUGUGCUGUAACAAACAGGUCAUCGUCAUAGACAAAAUCAAAUCUGCAAGUAUUGCAGACAGAUGUGGGGCGCUACAUGUAGGCGACCAUAUCCUCUCCAUUGACGGCACGAGCAUGGAGUACUGUACGCUCGCAGAAGCAACCCAGUUCCUGGCCAACACCACCGACCAGGUCAAGCUGGAGAUCCUCCCGCACCAUCAGACCCGCCUGGCCCUGAAGGGACCUGACCACGUGAAAAUUCAAAGGAGCAGCAGACAACUUCCCUGGGAUUCCUGGGCCAGCAACCAGAGCAGCCUUCACACCAACCAUCACCAUAAUCCGUACCACCCAGACCAUUGCAGAGUGCCGGCCCUGACUUUCCCGAAAGCGCCUCCUCCAAACAGUCCUCCGGCGAUGGUGUCCUCAUCUUCUCCUACCUCCAUGAGCGCGUACAGCCUGAGUUCCCUGAACAUGGGGACCUUACCUCGAAGCCUCUACUCCACCAGCCCACGAGGAACCAUGAUGAGGAGGAGGCUGAAAAAGAAAGACUUCAAAAGCUCACUGUCUUUAGCCUCUAGCACUGUGGGAUUGGCUGGACAGGUGGUUCACACAGAAACCACGGAGGUUGUGCUGACGGCCGAUCCUGUCACGGGCUUUGGAAUCCAACUGCAGGGCAGUGUGUUUGCCACAGAGACGCUCUCCUCGCCGCCUCUGAUUUCCUAUAUUGAAGCUGACAGCCCAGCAGAGAGAUGCGGGGUGCUGCAGAUUGGAGACAGAGUCAUGGCCAUUAACGGAAUUCCGACGGAAGACAGUACCUUUGAGGAAGCCAAUCAGCUCCUUCGAGACUCUUCCAUCACAAGCAAAGUCACACUGGAAAUUGAGUUUGAUGUUGCAGAGUCUGUCAUCCCAAGUAGUGGAACAUUUCACGUAAAACUGCCUAAGAAGCACAGCGUGGAGCUCGGGAUAACCAUCAGUUCACCAUCCAGUAGAAAACCUGGGGACCCUCUGGUCAUUUCAGAUAUCAAGAAGGGCAGUGUGGCACACAGAACUGGAACGCUGGAACUUGGGGAUAAGUUGCUUGCGAUAGAUAACAUCCGGCUGGACAACUGUUCCAUGGAAGACGCAGUCCAGAUCCUCCAGCAGUGUGAAGACCUGGUGAAGCUCAAAAUCCGCAAGGAUGAAGAUAACUCAGAUGAGCAAGAAAGUUCCGGAGCGAUUAUUUAUACGGUGGAGCUGAAGCGCUAUGGGGGGCCCCUUGGCAUCACAAUUUCAGGAACUGAAGAGCCGUUUGAUCCUAUAAUCAUCUCAAGCCUCACUAAAGGGGGAUUAGCUGAAAGGACUGGAGCGAUCCACAUCGGAGAUCGAAUCCUAGCCAUCAAUAGCAGCAGCUUGAAGGGAAAGCCUCUGAGUGAAGCCAUCCACUUGCUACAGAUGGCAGGAGAGACUGUAACCCUGAAAAUUAAGAAACAGACAGAUGCCCAAUCAGCAUCAAGUCCCAAGAAGUUCCCCAUCCCCAGCCACUCGAGUGACCUGGGAGAUGGUGAAGAGGACUCCUCCCCAAUACAGAAGCCUGGCAAGCUCUCCGAUGUGUACCCCUCCACGGUGCCCAGCGUGGACAGUGCUGUGGACUCCUGGGAUGGGUCUGGAAUUGAUGCCAGCUAUGGGAGUCAAGGCUCCACUUUUCAGACUUCAGGAUACAAUUUCAACACCUAUGAUUGGAGGAGUCCAAAACAAAGAGGCAGCCUGUCCCCGGUCCCCAAGCCUCGAAGCCAGACUUAUCCAGACGUGGGGCUGAGUAAUGAAGACUGGGAUCGGUCCACAGCCAGCGGCUUCGCAGGGGCCUCUGACAGCGCAGAGGCUGAACAAGAGGAAAACUUCUGGUCUCAAGCACUGGAGGACCUGGAGACCUGCGGCCAGUCGGGGAUCCUGAGAGAGCUUGAGGAGAAAGCUGACAGGCGUGUGUCAUUGAGAAACAUGACUCUCUUGGCCACAAUCAUGUCGGGGAGCACCAUGAGUUUGAAUCAUGAGGCUCCAACGGCCCGCAGUCAGCUGGGGCGGCAGGCCAGCUUCCAGGAGCGGAGCAGUUCACGGCCACACUACAGCCAAACAACUCGCAGUAACACCCUGCCCUCAGACGUGGGCAGGAAGUCGGUAACCCUGAGGAAAAUGAAGCAAGAAAUAAAGGAGAUCAUGUCCCCAACUCCCGUGGAGCUUCACAAGGUGACCUUAUACAAGGACUCUGGCAUGGAAGACUUCGGGUUCAGUGUGGCAGACGGCCUGCUGGAGAAAGGAGUGUAUGUCAAAAAUAUCCGCCCAGCCGGGCCAGGGGAUCUCGGCGGCUUGAAGCCCUAUGACAGGCUCUUACAGGUUAACCACGUCCGGACCAGGGAUUUUGACUGCUGUCUGGUAGUGCCGCUCAUAGCCGAAUCUGGCAACAAGCUGGACCUGGUCAUUAGCAGAAACCCACUGGCCUCCCAGAAGUCAAUAGAGCAGCAGGCUCUGCCAGGAGACUGGAGCGAACAGAACAGCGCUUUCUUCCAACAGCCCAGCCACGGUGGUAAUCUAGAGACACGAGAACCCACUAACACAUUAUAGCAGCACUUUUUAUAAAGCGGGACAAAAAGACAAUAUCUACAUGGUGCUAAAAAAAAUCCCUUUAAGAUUUCUGUGACGGCCAAAGCACAGAGAAUCACGUGGCAUUAACCGCAAGCACAGAGGUCUUUUAAAUCUCCUCCCUCACGGCUCAUGUUCACACCCCUUCCCAACCUGAAGAGGUUUCUUUGACAAGGACCGCUACCGUUAAGUGGCAGGUCAUUCUCUGCCAGGCCCAAUGGUAGAAAGCAGCCCACCCCUUCCCACAAGUAAGAUCAGAGGAAACUCUUUACCAUUCACCUUACUUUUUACAAAGAGAAACAUCCGCUGGACAAUAUUCUCUAUGAUAAUUUCCUUAAUGAAAUAAGUUCCUCACUAUGAAGUCAUUAACGUAAGAACAGAAGCAACCUGGAUUUCCAUAAAGCCGGCCCUGCCCGGGGAGCUGGGAUGGGUGAACUGCCAGGCCUGCCGGAGGGGGAGGGGCACAGGUAUAGCAUUAGGUGUUCUUAAACGGUUUCAGCAACAAUGCACGUAGGAGAUCAUAAUAGGUGGGGGUAAACGUUUUGCCCAAAUAUAGGAAUGAUUUUAACUAAGAUGUAUGCUAUUCCCUAUGCAACAGAUGAUCAAACAGGAUAUGUCUUGUGACCUGUUUUUUUUUUUUUUUUUCCCCCUUAAGGACACAUUUUUUUUUUUAAAUAGCUGAACAUCUCUGAUAAUGAAUUAGAGUGUGUAGUAACACUGAGAAUUAGUGAUAUGAUCCUAUUUUUUAAAAUCCAAGACUAAAGAAUUUAAGAAUGAAGAGUUUAAUGACAUGAGAUUCACUUUAUGGGUAGGCAAAUAGAAACUCCUCUCGCUCAGCUGUCUGCAGAUAAGUCCCCGGAGGGGCACACGGCACAUGUACGGAAUGACACGCGGCUCCCUUCGGUUGUGAGCUGUGCCACUUGCUGAACUUGUAAAUACAUUUUUCACAAAACUCAUUGCCAGUCACCACCCCCCCAAAGCAAUAAGACACCUGUGACAGACGGUUGCUUUAAAGUUUGUGGGCAACUGUUUUCAUUUGUUCAGAUAUUUUGAAUAGCUACACUAAUAACUGUUAUUUGGUAAAUACUUAAAAAAAAAAACAAAAAUAUAGAGCUGUAUAUUGAUGGUAGAAUGUCAAAACUAUUAUUUUCCAAACCUGUUCAUUUUGGUCACUAGUACACCCGCACAGGCAAACCAUUCAAACACUGUGUCCUUUGUUUAAGGGAAAUAAACGAUUCAUCUUUUUCUGUGCAAAGAAAUAUAUGAUUUCAAACACAUUUCAGAACUGCCAGGGCAAGAAAGUAUAGAACAGAAUCCUAUUAAGGAAAAAAAAAUAAUAAAAUGAUCAUGAGUCACUUAAAUAUGUAUUUUUGUUUGUAACAAACAAGUAUUAAACUGUAAAGUAUUUUUGUACAAAUUUAAUACUUUAAUAGCAUGGUAUUUAUCGUCUAUGUAUGGUUUUGGGGAAUUCAAAAUUGUUGCAAAUAUUUGUAUGGAAAAAAAAAACCCUCUACCAAAUGGAAUAAA